GGGGCAUUCCGGCCGCACCCUCUGGCGGGCGGACGCGGGGGGGGGGGGGCCUGGACGUCAGAACGGGACCGGCGGCGGUGGCCUGGGCGCGGGGGCGCUGUAGACCUGCCUGAGCUUGCCGGCCUGGAGAAGACCCGUCCAGGGAGGAAUGGAGUGUCUUUCGUGCGGGCAUGUCUCCAAAGAGGAUGCCCCCAAGUUCUGCAGCGAGUGUGGACAGAGGCUGCUCCCUGCAGCCCCCGUGGCAGAUCCCAAGAACAGCAGCCUCCAGGCGACGCCAGCCCGAGAGGGAGAAACGGCCCCAGAGGGAGAAACGGAAUACGGACAGGAGCUGAGAGAGGACGGCGGCCCUUUCUUGUCCCCGGGCUCAAAUCACCUGCAGCAGGAAAAUCUAGACGAGCCCCCUUCCGACGUCUCCGGGACCGUGCCAAGAGGAGUUGCCUCAGAGGUUUGUGUAGAUGCGGCCGGCAGCACAUCCGAUGAGCGGGAGGCUGUUAAUCACCCUCCCAGCAAAAGAAGAAAAGAGGACGCUACCCUGCGUGGGGUCGCUGACACGUUCUCUGCAGACCCCGAGCAGAGAAAAAGGAAGAAAAGGAGUAAGAGAAAGAAACAGAACGGUUCCGCUUCCGUGGAGCUGGACUCCUUGGUGGGGGACUCCUCGUGCCCUUGUAGCGUCAGCUCGCUGGCGAACCCCGGGUUCCAGGACACAGCCCCACCCCAAAGCCGAGAUCUGCAAGGUGGGGCGACCAGCCAGCCUCGCCAGCCCCCGGGCGCCGACCCGACCCCCCUGGAGGGCCGUGGCCACCAAGCGCCCGUGGGGCACGCCGAGGCUGGCGGCAGCCCUCUGCACGACCAGACUCCGGGAGGGGCCGUCCCGAACGGGAAGGAGCACGACACCCCCAAGCCUUCCAAGGCCAGCGGCCUCCCCCGGGAGGGGGCUGGCCCGACCGCCUCUGCCAGUAAAGACCAUCCCGGGAAGGACGGUGCUGCUUGGGAGCGCCCGAUGCCUGACCCGGAGCCGGGCUCGGAGCCCCAGAAAGAACCGCAGAGCGCCGGGCGGCAGGCCGGGGCCCGGGCCCCCCGGGAAGAUGCUGCUGUAACCCGGCCCGCUGAGCCCGUGGAAGGGGCCAGGAAGGAAGGUAAAGCCAAGACUCAGAAAACGAAACAGCCGCCAGCAAGCACCCCUGCUUCCUCAGAAUCCCGCCAGGAAGCUGAAAGCAAGGACAAGACGGCCGCCACUGGAGAGAAGACAGGUAGAAAUGAGAAGGCCAAGCCAGAGGAUCCGAAGAAGCCCGAAGGGAGUAACAGCAGUUACGCGGCUGCUGUGAAAACUGGCAAAGAGCAGAAGAACCCCAAAGCGGCAGUGUGUGAAGUGAAGCAGAGCCCGCCGAGCCUGCAGGAGGGGGUCACGCUCUACUUCCACGCGGUCGUCUCGAAGCACUUCGGGUUCGACCCCGCCCUCCACAAAGUGUUCGUCAGGGGUGGAGAAGAGUUCGGGAAGCCCAAGUGGACUCGGAACGUCUGUGAGAUGCACCACGCCAAAGACCUGCGUGAGAACGGGUCCCUCGUGGAAGGCAGCGCCACCCUUUCCAAACAGCACCUGGAUAAGCCCAUUCCUUACAAGUACGUCAUCAUGCGAGGCAAGGGCCAGGUGGAGUACGAGUUCAUCUACAAACGUCAGCAGAAGGAGGGCGAGUUCGUCAACCGCUGUCUGCACGUGAGGUCUGAACUCCUGGGCUCGGGAGAGUGGCACCAGUACGACGAUAUAGUUUGCAUGAAGCCCCCGGGGCUGAUUCAGAGGGUGAUGGACCAUUUGACAGACGGCACGAGGAGGGAGCUGGUGAGGGGGAAGCAGAUCGCCGCCACCAUCAUGCUGGACACCAUUUUCAGCAUCCUGCAGAUCUGGGACGCCAUCAACAUAAACAGCUUUUUUACCCAGUUGCAGCAGUUUUAUUCUGUCGUGAGAGUGCCCAUGAUCUACGAAGGCCGUGAGCAGCCCUGGAGCGCUCUGCAGUACGACGAGAACGAGGUGAAGAAAAACCUGUGGUGGUAUUUGAAAAAGCGGUCCGAGCCAUUUCUGGAAAGAAGCGGGGACCUUCAGCCUGAAGACCACCCAGUGAGGAGCAGACUGAGAAUGGGACUGAUCCUCCUGUUUUCGGUGGAAACAUUUGACUUACCCAUGCUGGAGGGUGACCUGGCCUGGCUCUGUAACCUCCUUUCUUUGCCCGCCUGUUCGCCUGGCGACCUUCACCGUGACCUCAGCCACAUUUUUGAAACACGUCUGAGGUGGCGGGUAUUCCUGGUCAACCUUUGCCGACAGUGCAUAGAGAAGACGGUCGACCUCUGGGUGCUCACCCUGCCUGUCCUGCACCACUGCGUGGCACCAACCCCUCAAGGAAAGGACUCCAGGAUACAGCCUGAAGACACCUGGGCGGCCCUGGAAGGAAUCCCCUUCUCGGAGUUCCGGGAAAAAAAGGCAGAUCGGAGUCACUUAGUUCAGCUCAUGGGAGAGGAAAGGCAUUUGCUGAACGUAGAUGAGUAUCUCUUCCGGUCCUGGUUCAGUCUGCUGCCCCUGCGCAACCUGGUUCACUAUAUGGAGAACUUCAUGGACCAUCUGAGCGUCUUCCCCACUUGCGUCCUGGACUGCCUCCUGGGGACGUGGCACCGGCUUCAAAGGCUUACAAAACUCUCCUUCAGCGACUUCGAGAACACCGAGAAUACGUUUCAAAUGUUGCUUCACCUCCUGGACAUUUAUCAGGACAGGAUUCUUGAGGAGCCCUUGGUACAGUCCUACUUGACUGUGUGCCUGAAACUUCACGAAACUAUCUGCAGAAUCACAAAAGACCCAAAGUUUUAUGAGCUGCCUGCCUUAUCUGCCGAGAUUGUUCGCAGAAUUAUUGUACUUAAAUCUCUAGUGCAGCCGGAUUCAGCUGAAGGCCCAGGAAAGGAGACCGGGAAGAAGAACUCUGUGAAAACGGUCUUCCAGGGGACGGUCGCCAAGACCAGAGCUUGGCUUCAGAGCAUUUUUCAGGAGAGCAUGUUCUUCAGCUACUGGUCGCAGGUCACGUUCAGAUACCGGGAGGAAAUCAAGGUCUGGAGGCGGCUGGUGGAAAUAAACUUCCCCGCGGAGUAUGGCUGGAAGGAGUCGUUGAUGGGGGACCUGGAAGGAAGAAUCAAACAGGAGAGGCCUCUCGUCCAGAUCUCUGCCUUCUGCAGCACCCACUGGGAUGCCAUGGGGUUAGAAGACAGCGUGUCGAGAUGCUUCGAGAAGUGUGUCAUUGAAGCAGUGAGCACGGCCUGCCAGUCUCAGACCAGCAUUCUUGAAAGAAUCUCCCAUCACGACCUGCGGAAAUUUGGCAGUCUCGUGUCGGCUGUGAUCACCAAGUCCUGGCCAAGGAGCAACAGGCAAGCCGUGGAUGAUAUGGAUGGGGUGUUAAUGCACCUGCUCACGUGGCCAGACAUCAAGCAUCUCUUCAAGUUAUACGAAACCGAUGAGAAGGUGCUAGCCAACAUGACAGAGGAUGGCAAGAAGCUGUUGGCCACCGCCGACUCCGUGUUCGUGAAAGUUACCGAGGACCUCCUGGAUGGCACUGUCCUGGUUGGACACUUGGAGCUCAUCAUGAAGCACACCGAUCAGUUUCUCGACAUCUGGCAGUUAAAGAGAAAGUGCCUUUCACCCCGAGAGAAGAAGUGGGAUGUAAAGGAAGUGUUGGAGUGGAGGAAGGAGGAACUCAAGUUUCUGAAGAAAGAGAAGAAAUGCGUCCACAGUCUUCUGAAGCUGUGCGGGGAGGCGAAGCACCUGGUGAAAGUGGAUCUGGAAGAGGUGAUCAGAAAACAUGCGGAGGACCUCAACGGUAAACGUCUGAGCGACGCCGUGACCGUGAGGUUGUCGCCCGCCUCCCCGGAUGUAAAGAGGACGACGCAUUACAGCCUGAGCCCCCAGGUCCAGGAGAUGGCCAGGAAGAUGGACUGGUUGAAGGACAGCCACCUCUUCCAGGUGUUCUGGGCAGAAGCCGCGAGGGCGCUGAGCGAGCCCGGGGAGGAGCUGGAAGGGCAGAUACUCCAGCCUGAAGAAGCGUAUAAGUAUCUGUACUGCCCUUGCUUCGAGAAGUAUCAGGAUCUGUAUGAGGAUCUGAAGUCAGGAGAGAUCACCUUUCAGGAGGUCAAUGUCGUGUUCAACGACUUUGUGAAUAGAUACAGCAACCUCACUUCCGAGCUGCAGCUUAUGUGUGCCCUAGACAGCAGCGACCAGAGGGACUGGAUCGGUGACCGUGUUGGGCAGAUCAAGGAGUACCAUCACCUGCAUCAGGCCGUCAGCUCAGCCAAGGUCAUCCUGAAGGUCAAGGACAGUUUGGGCCUGACCGGUGACUUCCGUGUUCUGCACACUUUGCUAAACUUCACGGACAACUUCAACCAGUUCCGCCACGAGAAGCUGGACCGGAUCAGCAAGCAGCUCAUCCAGGCCAAAAAGCUGCUGCAGGACAUCACCGAGCCCCGGUGCCAGUGUCUGAACGAGCUGUCCCUGAGGAAGGAGUUCAUUAGCUGGGUCCGGGAGGCUCUCGGAGGCGUCCACGAGCUGAAGGUGUUUGUGGACCUGGCCUCCAUCUCCGCGGGGGAGAACGACAUCGACGUGGACCGGGUGGCCUGCUUCCACGAUGCCGUGCAGGGCUACUCCCCGCUGCUGUACAAGCUGGACACGAGCGCGGGGUUCGACGAGUUCAUGACCCAUCUCGGGGAACUGUGGAGGGCCCUGAACAACGACGCAUACCUGCCCCAUAAGCUGUGCGACUCUGCCAGGAACUUAGAGUGGCUGAAAACGGUGAAGGAAAGUCACGGUUCAGUAGAGCUCACUUCCCUGUCUCUGGCAACGGCCAUCAACGACAAAGGCUGCUAUAUCAUCAGGGCCCCCGCAGAUGGCCAAAAGAUCUCCCCAGACACGGUUCUACAGUUAUCCCUUCCCGAGAGCCACGGAGGCCACGAGGAGACGCGAAACUUCUCUUUGGAAGAGCUCAAGGAGCUUUUGAACAAGCUGAUGCUGAUGUCUGGCAAGAAAGAUCACAGCAAUGUUCAAGUAGAGAUAUUUUCCAAGGUGUUUUGCAACGUGCAGAGGCUCGUGGAGUCCUUCAUAAACCUGUACACUGCCGGGAACAUGCUGUUCCGAAACUGGACGGCCCAGGUGCACUGCUCCCCUCGACACGGCGUCUCCAUCCAGAUGGACUUCCGCUUGGAGCCUGUGGUCCAGCUCAAGGGCAGCGGCUCGGUAGCAGAGCUCUUGGAGGCCGUCAGCAGGCAGCUGGAGCAGUUCCUGGACCGCUGGGAGGCCUUCGUGGCGGAGAAGCGGGCCAAGCACUUUUACCUCAACUACUACACCGCCGAGCAGCUGGUGUACCUGAGCACGGAGCUCAAGAAGGCGACGCCCAGCGAUGCUGCCCUCACCAUGCUGUCCUUCAUCAAAGGCAACUGCACCCCGAAGGACGUCGCGAAGGCCCUCAAGGAGCCCCGCGGGGAGGCUGCCAGGCACGACGAGAAGACGGCGAUCCAGGGGCUGCAGGUGAUGCUCCUGCGGGAGCUCAGCCUGGAGGGCAAGCUGAGGGCCGUCUUGGAGCAGUCCCUGGCGUGCAUGAGCGCCUUCCUGCCCCACUGCCUGGACCUGGAGGCCCUCGGCCGAUGCCUGGCCCUCCUGGGGUGGAUGCGCGGGUGCCCCGUGGAGCGCCAGCUGCCCAAGGGCCUGCACGUCGGCCGGCCCAACCUCAUCGUCUGCGGCCACUCCGAGGUCUUGCUGGCCGCGCUGGCCGUCUACAUGCACACCCCGCAGCAGCCCCUGCCCACCUUCGACGAGGUGCUGCUCUGCACCCCGGCGACCACCUUGGAGGAGGUGGCUCUGCUCCUGCGCCGCUGCUUGACCCCGGGCUCCCGGGGGCAGGGCGUCUACAGCCUGCUGUACGCGGACCUGCUGAGCUACGAGGUGGCCAGCCAGGCGGAGGCGCUCUUCCUGAGCCUGUGCUCACGGCCGCACCACGAGGACUUCCAGCUGGUGAUGGUGUGCGACAGCGAGCGGGAGCACUGUCACCUGCCCUCCGCCUUCAGCCAGCACAAGGUCCUGGUCACCCCCCAGGCGCCCCUGCGGGACAUCCAGGCCUACCUGGCGCAGCAUUUCCAGGUCCCCGCGCACACGCCGUCGGCCGCCGACGUGUUCCGGGACCGGACGUGCGUGGGCAUCGUGGCGUCCAAGCGCGCGGGCGUCGGGAAGUCUCUCUAUGUGGAGAGAUUGCACAGCAAACUGACGAUGAAGCUGAGAGGAGAAAACGUGCCCCUUAAAGUCAUCCGAUUGAUCGACCCUCAGGUGGAUGAGAACCAAGUACUGAGUUCCCUCCUGCCUUUCCUGAAGGCCCACUAUCAGACCAGACCCAUGAUAUUCCACUUUGACGUGACCUCUUCGGUGCAGACCGGACUUUGGGUGUUCAUUUUCAAACUCCUCAUCCUGCAGUACUUAAUGGAUAUAAAUGGGAAAAUGUGGCUCCGGAACCCGUGCCAUUUAUACAUCAUUGAAAUCCUGGAAAGGACCCCAGCCAUGCUCAAGAUGCCUUCCAAACGGAGUACACACGGCCCCCAGUUCAGUUUUCUCGACAUCUUCCCAAGAGUCACCUGCCGGCCUCCCAAAGAAGUGAUCGAUAUGGAGCUGAAUCCCGAGGAGAACUGCAGAGAUCCAGGGAUGGACCAGGGAGUGUUCCAAAGCGAGACUUUCCAGAGGCCUUACCAGUAUCUGAGACGGUUCCACCAGAAAGAAAACCUGGACUCGUUCCUGUACCAAGAAGGCUGUGUGGAAGGCACCCCUACGGAAUGCCUCCAGUAUUUCCUGAUUUACUGCGGGGUGAUAGAUCCAUCCUGGUCAGAGCUCCGGAACUUUGCCGGGUUCCUCAAUUACCAGCUCCGAGAUUGCGAGGGUUCCCUCUUCUGCAACCCAGACGUAACUGGAGACACACUGGGGGGCUUCAAGAACUUUGUGGUCACCUUCAUGAUCUUCAUGGCAAGAGAUUUCGCCACACCAACCCUUCACACGUCCGACCAAAGCCCAGGGAGGUACGCGGUCCCCAUGGAUGGGGUCAGGGAGGAAGAUCUCGCCCCUUUCACUCUCCGGAGGAGGUGGGAGUCCGAGCCUCACCCGUACGUGUUCUUCAACGGCGACCACACGUCCAUGACAUUCAUAGGCUUCCACAUCCAGCCCAACGAGAACGGCAGCCUUGACGCGGUGGAUCUCUCCAGCAGGACGGUCAUCAAGAAAGACGUCAUGGCGAUGGAACUGUACCGGGGGCUGUCACUCCAGAGGGUGCCCUUCAACGUUGACUUUGACCAGCUGCCCAGGCAUGAGAAACUGGAGAGGCUGUGCCUGGCGUUAGGGAUCCAGUGGCCCAUGGACCCCGAUGAAACCUAUGAGCUCACAAUGGACAACAUGCUUAAGAUCCUUACCAUCGAAAUGCGGUUCCGGUGUGGGAUCCCCGUUAUCAUCAUGGGGGAGACCGGCUGCGGGAAAACCAGACUCAUUAAGUUCCUCAGUGACCUGCGGCGUGGGAGCACCCAAGCUGAAACCAUGAAGCUGGUCAAGGUCCACGGAGGAACGACGGCAGAGAUGAUCUACUCCAAAGUCCGGGAGGCCGAGGAACUCGCUGUCUUCAACAAGGAGCAGCAUCAGCUGGGCACCAUCUUGUUUUUCGAUGAAGCCAACACAACAGAAGCCAUAAGCUGCAUCAAGGAAGUCCUGUGCGAUCGUACCGUGAACGGCCAGCCCCUGGCCAAGGACUCGGGCCUGCACAUCAUAGCCGCCUGCAACCCUUACCGGAAGCACUCGCAGGAGAUGAUCAGCCGCCUGGAGGCGGCCGGUUUGGGGUACAGGGUCAGCUCGGAGGACACGGCGGAGAAGCUUGGCUCCACCCCUCUCCGGCAGCUGGUGUACCGAGUCCACGCUCUGCCGCCGAGCCUCGUCCCCCUGGUGUGGGACUUCGGCCAGCUGAAUAACACCGCCGAGAAGCUCUAUAUCCAGCAGGUCGUGCAGAGGACAGUGCACUCCGUCGGGGUGGACGAAGCCCAGAUCCGUGCCAUCACGGAGGUGCUUUCCGCCUCGCAGAGCUUCAUGAGGAAGAGAGGAAACGAGUGUGGCUUUGUCAGCCUCAGGGACGUGGAGCGCUGCGUCCGAGUCUUCAUGUGGUUUUACGACCACAGCCUGAUGCUCCUGUCCAAGCUGGACGCCUUCCUCUGCAGGGCCGACGUGGACCAAAGCGGCUUCGAGAGAGAUCCCGUCCUCUGGUCCCUGGUGCUGGCCCUCGGGGUGUGCUAUCACGCCUCCUUAGAACAGAAGGAGUCCUACUGGAAGACCAUCUGCAGGCUCUUUCCGGAACCCUACAGCGACAGCAAGGUCGUCCUGGAGGAGAUAACUCGAACUCAGGAUCUCUUCCUGGAUGGCGUGUCUUUGCGGAAAACCAUCGCCAGGAACUCGGCUUUGAAGGAGAACGUCUUCAUGAUGGUCAUCUGCAUCGAGCUGAAGAUUCCUCUCUUCCUGGUGGGGAAGCCCGGCAGCUCUAAAUCUCUUGCCAAGACCAUCGUGGCGGAUGCCAUGCAAGGCCCGGCGGCCCACUCGGACCUCUUCCGCAACCUGAAGCAGGUCCACCUGGUGUCGUUCCAGUGCAGCCCCCACUCCACCCCGCAGGGCAUCAUAAGCACCUUCAAGCAGUGUGCCCGCUUCCAGCAGGGCAAGGACCUGCAGGAGUACGUGUCCGCGGUGGUGCUGGACGAGGUGGGGCUGGCCGAGGACUCGCCCAAGAUGCCCCUGAAGGUGCUGCACCCGCUCUUGGAGUACGGCUGCAUCGAAGACGAUCCUGCCCCCCACCAAAAGGUUGGCUUCAUAGGCAUUUCCAACUGGGCCCUGGACCCCGCCAAGAUGAACCGGGGCAUUUUUGUGUCGCGCGGCAGUCCCAGCAAGAAGGAGCUCAUGGAGAGCGCCAAGGGAAUCUGCUCCUCGGAGCCCCUGGUUCAGCAGAGAGUGCAGGGCUUGUUUGCGCCCUUUGCCAGAGCCUACGAAAUGGUGCGCAGGAAGCAAGACAAGGAGUUCUUCGGGCUCCGUGACUACUACAGCCUCAUCAAGAUGGUCUUCGCCAGGGCGAAGGCUUCUGACAAAGAGCCUUCCCCGCAAGACGUCGCACAGGCCGUCCUCCGCAACUUCAGCGGCAAAGACGACAUCCACGCGCUGGACAUUUUUAUGGCCGCCUUGCCUGAGGCGAAGUGCUCAGAGGCGGUCGGCACCAUACAGCUGAUCGAGCAGAACAUGCGCGGCCACCUCCAGAAGGCGGCGGGCAGGGAGCCGGACGAGUCCGAGUCCCGCUACCUGCUCGUGCUGACCAGAAACUACGCGGCCCUCCAGGUCCUGCAGCAAAUGUUCUUCAGGGACGACCAGCAGCCGGAGAUCAUUUUUGGCUCCAGCUUUCCCCGGGACCAGGAGUACACCCAGAUCUGCAGGAACAUCAACCGGGUGAAGAUCUGCAUGGAGACCGGCAAGACGGUGGUGCUGCUCAACCUCCAGAGCCUCUACGAGAGCCUGUACGACGCGCUCAACCAGUACUACGUCUACCUGGGAGGCCAGAAGUACGUGGACCUCGGGCUGGGGACCCAUCGGGUCAAGUGCCGGGUCCACCCCGACUUCCGGUUGAUCGUCAUCGAGGAGAAAGACGUCGUCUACAAACAGUUCCCCAUCCCGCUCAUCAACCGGCUGGAGAAGCACUACCUGGACAUCAACACCGUUCUGGAGAAAUGGCAGAAGAGGGUCGUGGAGGAGCUCAAGGCCUGGGUGGAGAGGUUCGUGGAUGUGAAAGGCCAGCACUUGGCAGGCGGACACAGAUACAGCCCUUCGGAAGUCUUCGUUGGCUACCACUCGGACGCUUGCGCCUCUGUGGUGCUGCAGGUCACGGAGAGGCGAGGCCGCGGGGCCUUGACCGACGAACUUUACCAGCGGGUGUGCGAGGAGGCCAAGUCGAUACUGCUGGGCUGUGCCACACCGGACGCCGUGGUCCGCCUGGGCGCUUCCUCCCUGGGCCUGUUCACCGCCCAGGCGCUGUCUCGGGAGUACUACCGCACACAGCAGCACAGCUCCUUCGCGGACUUCCUCCGGGCCCAGCUGCGCACGGCCGUCCCCGAGCGCCACCUGGAACGCCGCAUCGUCUUCACGGAGAUCACCACUUUCUCCAGACUGCUGACCAACCGUGACUGCGAAGUUUUGCAGUCAGAAGGAGCGGACGGAGCUCUGAAGCCCAUGAUCCUGUCUCUGCAGCAGUUUGACACCGAGGGCUCAUUCCUCAGAGAAGUCCAAAACUGCUUAACUGAUGCAGCCAGGUGUAAAAUCCUCAUUAUUCAAACCAAUUUUGAAGACGGAGUCCACAGCGCUCAGCUCAUUGCUUCAGCUAAGUAUUCUGCUAUAAACGAAAUCAACAAGAUACAAGGGAAUCAGGGCUGCGUCUUGGUCUAUUUCAUCACGAAACUGUCCCGGAUAGAGAGUGGAGCGUCCUACGUGGGAUUCCACGGGGGGCUGUGGCAGUCUGUGCACAUUGACGACCUGUGCCAGUCCACGGUUAUGGUUUCGGACGUGACUAGAUUGCAGGAUGUGACCAUCAGCCAGCUGUUUAAACCAGAAGGGGACUCCGAGUUGGAGACGGGACACGGGGCCGGUGACAGCCCGGAGGAACCGAUGGAAACCGAGGCUGUGGGGUCAGAGGAGGCGCCAGGGGUGGACCUGGGGACGACGGAAGGCUCGACGGCGAUGGGCAACGCUGAGCAGGGCGGAAGCCAUAUCAUGGACACCACCAGCCUGCUGAGGAGCUGCAUACAGAGUGCCGUGGGCACGCUCCGCGACCAGGAUGGCCGCCAGCGCAGCAUGCGGAGAGUGGAGAUCCUUCUCGGCCUCCUAGACGAGGACGACGACGACGAGGUCAAAGCCGCGUUCUUGCGGGCAUCCAAGGCACGCCUCUACGUGCUCCUAAAGCAGCAGGAAGACCAGUCCCUGUUCAACAUGAAGGAGUGGGUGACCCGGGAGGCCUCGAAUCAGGACGCUCUCCAGGAGGCAGGCACAUUCAGGCAGACCCUCUGGAAACGGGUCCAGGGUGUGGUGACCCCCCUCCUGGCGAGCAUGGUGUCCGUCCUCGACAUAGACAGCAACCUCGAGCUACUGAUCAGGCCAGACUCUCCAUCCUGGACAAGAGAUCUUUGGAUGUUUAUUUUCCGUGACAUCAAGCUUCUGAACAUUCCUCUUGUGACAAAUGAUAUGAGAUCUAAGAGUGAAGUGCCCUACAUCAUGGUGCAGAGCUCCAUGACCCUUCCGGAGGACAUCUCCAACGACGUCCCGUUUGGCUGGAGAAUCAAAGGGUAUCUGGAGGAGCUGUGGGUCCAGGCUCAGUACAUCACUGGAGCUGAAGGACUGUUGAAGAAGUUAGUGGAAAUCUUUCAGCAGACCUCUCUGGGCAGGUUUCUCGCUCAGCUCAGCGCAGAACAGCAGGAAGAACUCUUUCUGUGCUACAUAAAGGACUUCCUCCUCUUGACGAUGAGAGUGUCCACGUGGGAAGAACUGAGGAUUUUGCAGGUGGCGCUGUGGUCCUGCAUCUGUCAGCUGCAAGCACAGAGGCCACAGGAAAGGGUCUCCUUACCGUGGGUGCACGUGGCUUAUCAGCAUUUCCGGAGCCGGCUGCAGAACUUUUCCCGAAUCGUGACCACCUGCCCCCAAGUCCUACAGAUGUUACUCUACAACGUCAUGGGAACCGUAAGGAACGACAGACUGGACGGACCCGAGCUGACUCUGGAUGCAUUUGCAGCGAUGGCCUGCACGGAGAUGCUGACAAGAGACAUCCUGAAGCCCAGCCCCCAGGCUUGGCUACAGAUGGUGAAGAACCUGUCCAUGCCGCUAGAGUUCCUGUGCUCGGACGGGUACCUGCAGACCUGCGGGGAGGUGGCCAGAGAUGUCAUCAGGGAGGUCAGAACCCAGUGGAACCGCAUUUUCCCCGUGGCCCUGUUCGUGGAGCACGUGCUCCUGGGGAUCGAGAGCCAGAUCCCCGAGCUGUGCGAGCUGGUGACCGAGUACGUCUUCCUACUGAACAAGUGUCUGCAGGAGAACUCUGACAUCAAGACGUACCGGCCCUUCGUUGCCGUGAUGGUCACUCUUCGUAAGUGUAAGGACCAGGUCUGCAAGACCCUCGCCAGGGUUGAGAUUCAGCCGUGCCCCGUCUGCCUGGGAGACGCACAGGACCCGGUGUGCCUGCCCUGUGACCACGUAUUCUGCUUGGCCUGCGUCAAGGUCUGGGUCAUCAUAGGCCAGAUGAGAUGUCCUUUGUGUUUAACAGACUUGCCAGAAAGCUUCUCUCCAGCAGUGUCCCAAGAGCACAGGAAUGCCAUCAGGAAGCACGCCUGUAUCCGGCAGAUGUGUAACAGUUUCUUCAUAGACCUGGUCUCCACCAUAUGCUUCAAGGACAAUUCCCCACCAGAGAAGGAGGUGAUAGAUGUUCUGCUAAAUUUACUCUUUGCGCAAAAGGAGCUCUUAAGAGGUACCUCCCAAAGGCACCGUGAACACACGAAAUCUCUCUCCCCCUUCGAUGACGUUGUGGAUAAGACCCCUGUCAUCCGUUCGGUGGUGCUGAAACUGCUUUUGAAGUACAGCUUCCAAGAAGUGAAAGAUUACAUCCAGGCUUACUUGUCCCUUUUGGAGGAGAAAGCAUUCUUGACUGAAGAUAAAACUGAGCUGUACAUCCUCUUUAGCACCUGCCUGGAGGAUUCUAUGUACGAGAAGGUUAGCGCCCUCUCUAGCAGCGAGGGCCAGAAGUGCCUGAGAGAGGACGGGGUGUUCCUGGACACCUACUCAGCACGGCGCGGCCCCGAGCCUGCCGGCGAGGCCUCAGUAGACCACCUCCAGGAGAUGGCCAGGAUCCGCCUGUGUCUCAACAGGGCCUCUGACUUCCUCUCCGGGCUCCAGGAGGGCUCAGAGGCGGCCGAGGACAAGCAGCACUACCUUCGGCAGGUGGAACGCUUCUGCAGGCAGGUCGAGAACGACUGGUACCGGGUGUACCUGGUGCGGAAACUCGCCAGCGAGCGGGGGAUCGAGUUCGUGCAGCGCCUCUCCCGGCCGGGCCACCCGGCGCGGUGGGUGUUUCCCCAGGCGGUCUUAGCGCAGCAGGAGGAUCACUCAAGCCAGAUGGACCGGUACCUGGUGCACGGUGACAAAUACAAGUCCCUUCGUGACGCGGUGGGCAAAGCCGUCCUCGAGUGCAAGCCCCUGGCUAUUGUGGCUGCUGUGAAGGUCUCCAGGAACCCCGGCCCUCAGCAGGCGGCCCACUUACUGUUAGCGCUUUUCAGAGAGGUCGCCACUUUGUACAGACUCCCUGAUGCAAACCUCCAUCCUAAGCCAGAGCAACGUGAGGCUCUCAACAGCUUCAUCGAGGAGAGCGAGGUCCUUUCUCAUCGGGAUAUCAAACUUUUCGCAACCUCCCUCGUGGCCGACACUCUGCCCUUGCUGAGCACGGGUGCCCGGGACAGCAGCCUCGAAGGCACGGUGGCAGAAUUGGCCGUCCACGUGGCCAUCCUCCUCCUGUGCGGACACAGCGAAGUCUUGGAACCCCUGAGGAAUCUGGCCUUCUCCCCGGCCACUAUGGCGAGCGCUUUUCUUCCAACGAUGCCGGAAGAUUUGCUGGCUCAGGCUCAGAACUGGAAGGGUCUGGAAGGCGUGCACUGGUACAUGUGUCCCAACGGUCACCCCUGCUCUGUGGGAGAGUGUGGCCGGCCGAUGGAACAGAGCCGCUGUGUGGACUGCGGGGCUGUAAUUGGCGGGAUUAACCACAGACCUGAGGACGGGUUUCUUGCUGUCACAAACCACGCAGACAGAACGCAGACUGGCCACGUGCUGGGAGUCGCGCUGGGCAGACGCGAGACGGUGGUGUCCGACCGACAGCUGGCCCCCGCGGUCUUCCUGCUCCUACGACUGCUCACCCACCUGGCCAUGCUCCUGGGGGCGGCCCAGAGUCCUGAGGCUGUGAUAAACAUCAUCAAGCCUCCGGUGAGGGACCCCAGAGGGUUUCUGCAGCAGCACGUCCGGCAGGACCUGGAGCAGUUGACGAGGACGCUGGGCAGGAGCGCCGACGAGGCCAUCAACGCCGUGCACCUCGUCCUGCGCAGCCUCCUGGGAAGGCAGCGCCACCCCUCCGGCCAGAGAAUUUUCCAUUUCGAUGCGAGGCUGUCGUCCAGAGAGUUCCGAAACAGCUGGGAGAAGGCCAUGCAGACACUCAUUCUCCCUGAGCUGGAGCAUCAGCAUCUGGAGAAAGCCCUGCUGACGGUCACCACUCAGAUCAGCCAGGAUGAGCGGAUCAGCUCCAACCCCGUGGCCAGAAUCGUGUACGGUGACCCCGGGGCCUUCCUGCCUCACCUGCCCCAGAAGAGUGUGGUCCACUGCUCUAAGAUGUGGGCCUGCAGGAGGAGGGUCACGGUUGAGUAUCUGCAGCACGUCGUGGAGCAGAAUUCUGGCCAAGACACAGUGCCCAUCCUCCGGAAGUUCCUGCAAAAGGAGGCAGAGCUAAGGCUGGUAAAAUCGCUGCCUGAGAUCUUGGCCCUGCAGAGGGAUCUGGUGAAGCAGUUCCAGAACGUCUCGGAAGCCGACCACCAGCCCAUCCGAGCUUUUAUCGGCAGUCACCACGAAGAUGGGUUGAAGCAGUUACUCCGCAGGAGAAUCCGUAUCUUUCUGUCGACGUGGAACAAGCUGAGGCUGUCACUGCAGACCAGUGGUGAAAUCAAGCUGCCCGAAGAAUACUGCGAUGCCGACCUGGACGAGGACACCGACUUCGAGGUCAUUCUGCCACGUCGCCGGGGCCGGGGCCUCUGCUCCACUGCCUUAGUCAGCUAUUUGAUCAGGCUGCACAACGAAAUGGUCUACGCGGUGGGAGAGUUCUCCGGAGAAAACAACGGCUACACGGUCGAUGCCUCCGAGGUCACGGACCUGCACGUCAUCAGUUACGAAGUCGAGCGGGACCUCGUGCCCCUGAUCCUCUCCAACUGCCAGUACAGGGUGGAGCAGGGCCAGGAGACCCUGCAGGAGUUCGACCUGGAGAAGAUCCAGCGCCAGGUCACCAGCCGCUUCCUCCAGGGCAAACCCAGGCUCACGCUCAAGGGACUCCCCACUCUGGUGCACAGACGUGACUGGAACUAUGAGCAUCUCUUUGCGGACAUCAAGAGCAAAAUGCCGCAGAAACCCCUCCACAACGCGGCCAUCAGCGCCAUCUGCGGACAGCUGCAGUCCUACAGCGAUGCCUGUGAGGCCCUGUCGCUCAUAGAAGUCACUUUGGGGUUCCUGAGCACGGCUGGCGGCAACCCCAACAUGUCUUUGAACGUGUACGUCCAGGACGUGCUGCGCAUGGGCGAGCAGACAGCACUGGUUCUGAAGGCCUUACAUAGAUGCCAGCUGAAGCACACGAUCGCACUGUGGCAGCUCCUGUCGGCCCACCGGUCGGAACAGCUGCUCCGUCUGCACAAGGAGCCCUUCAGGGAAAUCAGUGCCAGGUACAAAGUUGGUCUCAGCCCAGACAAUGCCAAGUGCCUUCGCACUUUCCUGAACCAGACUGACCUCGACUCCUUCCUCCUGGAGCUUCAUGAAAUGAUGAUGCUGAAACUGAAAAGCCCCCAGGCCGAGGGCAACUUCAACCCAGAGUGGAGCCUGAGAGACACUCUAGUAAGUUACAUGGAAACCAAAGAGGGUGAAAUUCCUCCUGAACUGGAAUUUCAGUUCCCAGAGGAGAUACUGCUGUGCAGCUGUGUCCCCGUGUGGAGAAUGGCCGCUGAACUGAAGCGAGGUCGGCAGGUGAGGUAGAGUGCUCUGCUCCUGACGGGGGACAGCGGGCUCUUCCCUCGUCUGUCACCAGCCGCCGCCCGGGCCAGGGCGUACGAGGGCGGCUGCUGGCGUGGCUCGGAACUCAAGAUCCCCGGGUGCCAUGCCGCAGACAGCUGCGAGAGCCACGCUGUUCCAGGAACACGUGCACAUUCCACAUCGUUCCCAUCGGAUUAUGGAUACUUCCCGGUGGGAGGUGAGAACUGGAGACCCCGGGAAGCUGGGACAGAUCACCUUUCGGUUGCGCGGGGUGCCAAGCAGGUGCUUCUCAGCUUCCUGGAACAGGAGCCAUCUGUGCCUUCGGCUCGCCAGGUGGAGUACAGCACACGCCCACCCCGGCCCUUCUCACUGCAGGAUGAGAAGGAGGGCAGACGGGGUUAUUGACUUUGCUAUUUUCUAAAUUGUUCUGCACUCACAGAGGAGAAUCCAGCUUGAUCCUUUCUUCUGUUCCCUCCGACUCUGAGUAUUGUGCAAAUAUUUCUAGGUUUCCAGAAAGGUCUGCAAAAGUGCCAGACCCUUUUUUGUGUCCUCCCAAACACAAGUCAGGGCAUUCAGUGCCUUGAGGCCAAACCUCCGAGACCUCACCCGGCCCCCACGGAGAGUCACUGCUGAGCUUCAAGGGUCAGAGCCAAAAAGCUUUCACUGUGGAGAGCGCGGGGCCAAGUCGGGGGCACUUUUCGGGCAUUCCUUCCUCUUUUACACAAUGAAGAGACUGGAGUGAUGGCCACAUUUGCUUCUAUUUCUAGAGGUUUUAAAUUCCAAAUGAAACUUGGUCAAUACAAACUUGGAUCAAAGGCAUGGUUGCAGCAUCUUUGUGGGAACUUUUAAACUGUCCGGGAUCGUGCUAAAUAAACGCGUCUUCCCUCUGAAUCUAUCUGGUCCUUCCUCCGAAUCUCCGCCAAGGCAUAAAAAACAGACUCAGAGAGAAUAUAGAACCAGCUAAGUUUCUGCAAAAGGAAAAAAAAGAG